AGUCGUCUUCCACUAUGAGCUUUGCCUGUUUGCUUUCUGGAUCACACGCCGCUCUGAACCUGAUGCACAGUCUCUGUUCUACACCGGGAUCUCUUCUCUUUCCCCCACGCCCAUCUCGCCCAUGAUCUCGACAGACAGCUCCACUGCCCUCGGUGGCUUCCCGCUAGCGUUCUGUUCCCAGUACAUUCAACUCGCGUCUGCGCUCCCGCUCGGGACGAGCAUCUACGGCCUGGGAGAGGUCGUCGCGAGCAGCGGCUUCCGCAGAGACGCCAGCACUGACGGCGGCGUCGGGAUGAUCCAGAACAUGUGAGCGCGGGACGUUGCUGAUCCUGUCGACCAGAGCGCGUAGGUGUCCUUCCUUGUUCGCGCGAAGUGUGCGGCUGAUUCGUCUCUACAGCCAUGGUUCGCACCCCAUCUACAACGAGCACCGCUGGGAACGACACCGGGUCUGCCGCGAUGUCUCUCACCACAUGAUGCAAGUUAAUGCCAUUCCACAUCGCUGGUGACCCUAUCUGCCCCACGCUUCAAUGUGCGGGUGCGACGCACCUUCGAGCGAAAUGUCCGUGUCGCGCAUGCGCCGCACCUGUUCGCGCGUCUCGGUCAAGCUGAAGCAACCUCAGCGGCAUAAAUGGAAGCCGAAGCUCCACAUCGGGUGCCACGUCGGCAGACCUACGAACGCGCCGUACUGCUCGGUGGCCUCCUGCGGGCUCGGGCUGGACAAGUGAAGACUGAGCGCUCCACCGGUCAGGCGGUACUCGACGAGCGAGACGGACGAGGAAGGCAGCGUCAGAAGGAGGAUGUCGGGGUCGGCGGAGAUGUGGAGGCGAUGAGUGCAUAUCUGGACGAGGAGAGAAUGGCGGGGCACCUGAAGAAGAAGACGCCGUGCGUCUGUGAAUGCUGAAGAGAUGCGGACAUUUAUUCGUGAUGCUAGUUUGCCUCUCCGUCUCGACGCCGACGCUGGUUGUCAUAGUACUGAUGGCGUCUGCUACUUCUCAGAAUCAUACGCUCUGCAUAGCGCUCUUCCCAGGUCUCCAGCGACCCCACCCACUCGCGUCCGGCAAGAACAUCGACGCAGAAGUCGGGUCUGACUCGGACGGUAGACA